UGCAGGUGAAAGGUCAAUCGGAGUUACCCUCAGACAAAAUGGAUGUGAAUCAGGCUAAACAAGAGCAUCUCCUUGCUCUAAAAGUGAUGAGACUGACGAAACCGACGCUUUUCACUAACAUGCCAGUGACCUGUGAAGACAGAGACCUUCCAGGUGAUCUGUUUGGUCAACUUAUGAGGGAGGAUCCAUCAACCAUAAAGGGGGCAGAGACUCUGAUGCUUGGGGAGAUGCUCACGCUGCCACAGAACUUUGGAAACAUUUUCCUUGGUGAGACCUUCUCAAGUUACAUCAGUGUGCACAAUGACAGCAAUCAAGUGGUUAAAGAUAUCCUCGUAAAGGCAGAUCUCCAGACCAGCUCACAGAGGUUAAACCUGUCGGCAUCGAACUCUGCAGUGGCCGAACUCAGACCUGAGUGCUGCAUCGAUGAUGUUAUUCACCAUGAAGUCAAGGAGAUCGGAACGCACAUCCUGGUCUGUGCAGUCAGCUACACCACUCAGUCUGGAGACAAACUGUACUUCAGGAAAUUUUUCAAAUUUCAGGUCCUCAAGCCUCUAGAUGUGAAGACCAAGUUCUACAAUGCUGAGAGUGACCUCAGUUCUGUGACAGAUGAGGUUUUCCUGGAGGCUCAGAUUCAGAAUAUUACCACAUCGCCCAUGUUCAUGGAGAAGGUGUCUCUGGAGCCUUCCAUGAUGUACAAUGUCACAGAACUGAACACAGUGACCUUGGGAGAGGGAAGCGAGUCCACCUUUGGGAAGAUGGCUUAUCUGCAGCCCAUGGACACACGCCAGUACCUGUACUGUCUGAAGCCCAAGCCUGAGUUUGCAGAGAAGGCCGGGGUUAUUAAAGGGGUGACUGUAAUUGGCAAACUGGACAUCGUGUGGAAGACCAACCUGGGGGAGAGAGGACGGCUGCAGACCAGUCAGCUGCAGAGAAUGGCACCCGGUUAUGGAGAUGUCCGGCUCUCGCUCGAGCUCAUUCCUGACACGGUGAGCCUUGAGGAGCCUUUCGACAUCAUCUGCAAAAUCACAAAUUGCAGUGAGAGGACCAUGGACCUGGUGCUGGAGAUGUGCAACACCCGGUCAGUGCACUGGUGUGGCGUCUCAGGCCGCCAGCUGGGUAAACUCAGCCCCAGUGCCUCACUCUCCAUCCCUCUUAAGCUCCUGUCCUCUGUCCAGGGCCUGCAGAGCAUAUCUGGACUGAGGCUCACUGAUACCUUUCUAAAAAGAACAUACGAGUAUGAUGACAUCGCCCAGGUGUGCGUGGUGUGUCCGUACCUGGGGCCAGAAAGCUGAGGCUUCUCUCUCCCAUCACACUGUGUCUGUAGGAUAUGAUACUGGACCAAGAUCACUACUCCCUGUCUCCCUGUUACCACUUUUUACAGUAUGAGCUGAUCAUUGUUUUAAAAUGUUAUUUAUAAAAUGCUUAUCCUGAUUUUAAGUGUCUCUAACUGUGAAUAAAAUGGCCUUGCUUAAAACAGCAAUCUUCUGUAAACAAGAAAUAUCAGAUAGACCUUUUUGCACGUGAUAAUUAUGAAAUAUCAGGUUUUACAAGAGGGAAGAUGCUUACGUUUCCACGACCCCGUGGCAGGUUCAGCAGAGCACUCCCGUUUGCUGCUUAAUGACAACCACUUGCAUGCUAAAGGAAACACACUCGGGCAAAGUGAUUUCAAGACAUUUAUUCUUAACAUCUAUUUUUUCCCCGCACAAAGCUUGUUGUUUACACGCAUAUUUUCUUAAGAUUAAAUUACACAUUUGACUACAAAUAUAUUAUAGAGCGUGCAAAAUAAUUUAGGCCAAGACAUUAAAUAUGCUCAUUCUGUUAACAUUAUUUGUGUCAACGUUGUAAAAUAAAUAAUUAGUGGAAUAAUAGUGCCACUAAAGUCA